UCAGUCAUUUUCACGCUAUCUCCCCCAUCCAUUGAAGCCUCUCCGAAGAUUGAUGAUGGCUCGACCAUCUCUGAAGCUGAUAUGACCAAAAUUUUAAAUGAAUACAAUACAAAGGCAUCGGUAGUGUUUAACCGUGUCGAAUUGGCCAGUUGGGAUGUUGCCACCGAUGUAGGAAACAAAGAAAAGGAAGAAAAACUGACCAAAGAGGUAGGUGAAAGUGCAAAGUUUAUCCGUGAAUAUUACGACAAAUACUGGAAAGAUGCGCAAGAAUCUAGCUUCAAUGAUGAGUCUAUAAAAAGACAGUUGCAUUUCUUAAAGCAAUUGGGAACAGCUGCCUUGUCACCAGCUAAAUUGGAUCUCUUGACGAAUACAAUUACUGAUAUGACGACAGUUUAUAAUUCGGCAACGGUUUGUCCGUACACAGUCCAAACGUGCGCUGAUGACGAUCCAAAUCGCUUAACAUUGGAUCCGCAUAUAACUGCACGUUUUGCCGAAUCAAGAGAUUACGAUGAAUUAAAGUAUUUGUGGGUCAAAUGGCAUGAUGCAACCGGACCUAAAAUGAGAGCUAGCUAUCAAGACUACGUUGGUCUAAUGAAUGAAGUCGGUAAAGGAAACGGUUUCAAGAAUGCUGCCGAAUACUGGAAAGAUGCAUUCGAAGAUCCACAGUUCGAAGAGCAUGUAGAUGCAUUGUGGCUGAAAGUAAAACCACUGUACGAUGAACUACACAAUUACAUGCGACAUAAAUUAGUUGCAAUUUAUGGUGAUAAAAUUGAUCUCAAUGAUGAAAACAUACCAGCACAUUUGCUUGGCAACAUGUGGGCACAAAGUUGGCAAAAUUUAUAUGAAGAAACUAAGCCGUUCAAGGGUGGAGUAAUAAUCGAUGUCACAGAGAAAAUGAAGGAACUCAAAUAUGAUGCAUUCAAAAUGUUCGAAACAUCAAAUGAUUUCUACAUGAGCAUGGGCUUACCAUCGAAUAAAAUGAGCUACACCGGCAAAUCAGUAAUUACCAAACCGAACAACAGAACCAUUCAAUGUCACGCAUCUGCUUGGGAUUUCUACGACGGCAAAGAUUUUCGUAUCAAAAUGUGCACGAACAUCAAUCAAGAAGAUUUAAUUGUUAUUCAUCACGAAAUGGGCCACAUUCAGUAUUUCAUUCAAUACAAAGAUCAACCGACUGUUUUCCGAGCGGGAGCGAAUCCCGGAUUUCAUGAGGCCGUCGGAGAUACAAUUGCGUUGUCGGUCGCGAAUCCAAGGCAUUUGGUGAAGAUUGGUUUGCUCGACGAAUAUACUACCUCCAAGGAGAAUGACAUAAACGCUUUGUAUAUGGAAGCAUUGGGGCGAGUGGCUUUCCUUCCAUUCGGUUUGUUAAUUGAUAAAUGGCGUUGGGAUGCAUUCAGCGGUAAAGUCUCCGUUAACAAUUGGAACUCACAUUGGUGGAAGUUACGAAAACAAUACCAAAAAGUAACACCGCCAGUUGAACGAAGUGAAAAUGCUUUUGAUCCUGGUGCAAAGUUCCACGUACCUGCCGAUUCGCAAUACAUCUCGUACUUCAUAUCACACAUAUUGGAAUUCUCAUUUUACAAGGCGCUUUGUAUUGAAGCUGGUCAAUAUGAUCCCAAAAAUCCAAACGUACCAUUGUAUGCAUGUGACUUCUACAAAUCCAAGGAAGCUGGAAAGCGAUUAUCUGAUGGACUUAAGCUUGGCUCAAGCAAACAUUGGUCAGAAGCACUAAAAAUUAUGACGGGCAAGACUGAAGUAUCGGCAGAUGCUAUUCUUGAAUAUUUUCAACCAUUGCGUGAAGUUUUAGUACAAGAAACUCAACGAUUGCGCCAGGAAAAUGAAA